AUGUACGACGGAUACAGCCUACAAGAUGCUUUGAUGAGACAUGCUCAUGCCAAACAAGGGCUGCCAAAUGGAGGCCGGGUGCCCUUUUUACCCGGCAUUCCAGGGCUCUCUUCUUCCUGGGAAGGAUUCAACCCACUCGCCCAAGGCGCUUCCAACGCUCACAGGCCCUUCCAUGUCCAGCAUUUUCUAAAACAAGCUGCAGCGGCGCAACAACAGCUGCAAAGAAAGUUGGCGGAAACAAGUUCGCACCUCAAAAGCCCUCCCCGCUCCUCCACCUCCUCCUUUCCCGAAAUUCCAUCUCUUCCCGCACCUUUCCGAGCUGGACUAAGUGCAGACCUGGACACUCCUAAUGGGAAGAAGCGCCGUGGAAAUUACGCGAGUUACACUCCUCAACAGAGAAUCGAGAUCGGCGCCUUUUCCAUUGAGUAUGGGACUGGAAAAGCUUCGAAGCAAUUUGCUCUGCCAGAAAGUACAGCUCGCGGUUUCAGGGAUAAAUUGAUGAAGAUCCUACAGGAUGGAAGCGAAGGAAUUCCGCUCGAACCGGAGAGGAUCUCCCGCCUGCGGGUUCUCAUCGAAACGAACACCUCUCUCUCCGGCGGCUCCGGAACUAUUCCCAGCCCGACUCUGCCGUCCACCACCAGUCCAAGCAAGAUUCCCGCAUUGCCAGCACCGCAUCAGCUUUUCCGCCCGCAUCUUGAAUUUCUUGAAAACACGAGCAAACUCAACGAUUCCAACGCAUCCAUCAAGAUCGAGGACGUUUCCUCUGAUGCUGAUUCCGGCCAUUCCAGCGCUAACUCGAGCAACUCAGAGGCUAAAAAAUCACCCUCCCAGACUAACGCCACGGCUGACAUGAGAUCUCUCCUCGACAAGCUCCAAAGCUACAAUCGAUUGCGAACAGAGUCUUUGGAAAGAAACUACUCCUCCAUCCUUCAACCAAACGCCUCAAUUGUUGGGCAAAAACGAUCCUGCGGAGAUGAAGCUCUCGACUCUGAUCAUGCUGCUAAACGACUUCGUCUACCCAGCCAGACUUUAGCCCACUCAAGUCCGGAUCAGAAGAAGGCGAUCAGAAGAGCGCUUUACCAAGACAACACGGCUCCCAAUCCUUCCGGUUGUGGAACUUCAGAGCUCGAUGCUUCCGUUCAAAUCGAUUCGCACUUUGGCAUGUCUGCUCGAACUGCGGCAAAAAUGGUCGUCACUCAUGCACCCAGCGAUAUCAGCUCGAUUCAAGGGGAUCUGACGGAUCUUACGGAACGCGAUUGUCAAACACCUACUUCUGAUAUUUCUGUCGAAUCGGAAGAAAAGCCUGUCAAUCAAGUUGAACAAAAUCAGGACGAAAAAAGCGCCCCUGCGUCAGUAGCUGUCGAGAUCGGAGACUCGGAAGCUUCAAAGCUGCUGGGACAAAUCGAGGAAUCGCUGGACAAAGUGACAGGUGCCGUGACCCAGCGGCCAGCUUCCUUCACUGCACGCUUGUUAGCCACGCAGACGCAACUUGUCAAAUUUGUCGCCGAUUGCGAGGUGAAGAUACUCGACGAGUCUAAGGAGCGAAUGAAAUUAGCGAUGGAAGUCGACCAAAUGAAGAAAUCGCAAAUUAAACAGGCGCAAUUAAUCGAUGUUCUUACUAAGGAGCUCAUGGCUACUUCCAACAAAGUUGAAGCUUUGGAAAAUAGCGCAAAGAACACUCCAAACGAUCCAGUUGGAAAUACCGUCGGCGACCUCGUGAGCCUACUGAAAAAGCCCGAAAACAUGCAAAAAAUGACCGAGCAGAAACCUCUCCCGAAAAUGACGACUUUGGACGUUGACGAUUGCGACAUUGCUGCCCUUGUCGACGCCAUUGGCGAUCAAAUGUCAAAGCAGAAAUGA